AUGGAUGAUCCGGACUGUAUAUAUGGUAUGACAUUCUUAACAAAUUGAAGAGUUAUGGCUAUUGCUCUUACUUCAUAACAGGGUCACUGUUGGUCUCCUACUACUGAAUAAACUGGUAAUCGGCUCCUGCCUACUAUACUGUUAUUGAGAGAUUCCCGGAGAUUGCCAUAAUUCCAACAACAUGGUGGAAAUCGUUUAAUUCUAUCACGUGGAUGUUUUGAUCCACAGUCAACUCCCCCUAAGACGAAAGUCAUUGCAUGUUACGAACAGCCCAUGACUUGAACUCUCUUGUAAAGAAAAGAAUAAUAGUGUCCGUCUUAAAGAUAGCUGACCACUAACUUUAUAAUCUGUCAGUCUUGUUCAGUUAAAUCAAAUAUCGCCAUUGAUGUUUCAGAUGAGGUCAGGCAGCUUGUAGCAGUAUCGCCAGAAAAGUCACAAUAUGAUGUAAGAAUUUUACUGUUGUAUUACACCGAAAAGAAGAACUGUUGUUUUUCAGAUGUAUUGACCAAGGCAUUUGUGCCAACCCUCCGAUCGUAAAACAUCUCUCACGGACAGGUUAAUGGUUCAUUACUCGUCACAAAACUAUCUCACUCAGAAAGUGUGUCAGCUGAAAACGUGGAUUACAUGUCUUUAUUCAAGCCUGUCAGUAGGUGUAGCUAUGAAAAUUUUAUUUCCAUUGUUAAUUGUUUCGGGGCUAAGAGACUUCAUUGUUUCUUUUGAUUUCUCUAUUUUUCGCUAAAAGGGCAUAGGGCUAUGUGGAAGGCCCUACACGAGAUACAGCUUCUGAUCGGCAUUCAUAAGUCUAAUAUUUUGAAAUAAGUAGGACAUAAUGCUUCGCAAGUCACAACGUUCUAUUCUUUGCCUUCUAGGCCUUUUCCGGUAAUCAGAAUAGUGGGGAGCGCGUUGAAUCGUACGGGGCGAGCGUUAGGGAAAACAAGGGAAAGCAAGAGGGGACUUGGGCGAGCGAGAGAAUCCCUACCCUUUCCCCCAGUCUUCCCUCUUGUUUUCCUCGGUCUAUAUUUAACCCGCGCCCUACUAUCUGAACGCUCAGAACAGGCUAAACACGUGCUAACAGAGCAUUCGGACAGAAUACGUUUGUGCAGUUAAGCCUGUGUUUCUUUCCCUUAUUAACUUCCAAUUCAGGCAAAGGAGAGAGUUCUGUUCGUAUUCAACAAGCCCCUCCUUGCAGACGGUGGACCAUAUCAAGUACAGUUUAAAGGAGAGAGUCACUGCCUAAGAGUGCCCGCAUUACUACUAAACAGCUGCACUAUUCAGGCCCAUGCGCCAGGUAAGAGAGGCGCAACGCUGACCUAUAGUCUUGUUAUUGAUUUGCUCACUUUAUACACUCCUUAUAAUUGCAAUAAUCUCUUUUUAUCGGACCAGGUAGAACAAUGACCAUAGCACACGUUUAGUUUAAUUUUAUUCCGCUCUCUGCUGUCUGUCUUUCUGUACUCUCUUUGGGUUAUUAAAUAAGUCCUUAACUACGGCAUAUUCGCGUACCGGACAACUCGACUGUACGAAUAUAUAAUGGUAAAAGCGAUUUGUUCACCCACACGUUACUUAUGAAUUCCAAAAAAUCUCGUUUGAAAGUGUUCUUGUGUCCAGGAUCGAAUGUUAUAGCUUUUAAGGAGAAGGAAAAACUGGAGCAUCCGGAAAAGAACCUCUCAGAGAAGAGAAGACUAAACCCCGCAAAACAAAGUCAACCUAAAUAUGGCCUCGAUGCCGGGACUCGAACGAAGGCCACAUUGUUGUAAGUCGAGCUAGUGCAACCCUCACCACCGCGCCACUUCAUUUGCUCCUUGCAAUCACAGAAGAUUACCAUCGGGUUUGUCACAUAUAUAGUGGAUUUGACAUUAGCACCUUCAAUAGUUCUUGUUCAUUCCUUGCAGUGUACUAUCCACCUGAGAAAACCACUGUUACAAUAUAUGACAAGAUUAAACAGCACGAUCCUUUCAUCGCUGACUGCUCCUUUGAAUUUGUCUCCCGAAGUAAAGUUCUUCAGGACUUGUUAGAAAAAGUGACAGAUCCUGAUGAGCUUUUGUGCAGCUCCUUCGGGAUUUCCACCGCAAAUAUAAAACAGUUUGACAAAGGAAUGGCUCAGAAAAUUAAAAGGAAAUCACCACACGAUUUUCAUCUACUGGACGCUACAUUUCCAGAAAAAGUUAACGGUAUGUUUUAAAUAUUCGUAAGAGAAAAUCCGGCAUACCUAGCUUAAAAAACACAAAUUUUUGUCAAUGUGCAACUGCCUACGUGCAAUACUUGUAAGAUGCAGUGAUAGUGUGAUUUUGUUAGAGACGACCGAUCCCAUUUUGCAGUGAGUUCAUCAAUUGACCAAUCAGGUCAAUAACCAGAGUUGAUAACAUCAACUGACGUGAUACAACUGACUUUGACUCUGAAGACGACUACCGCACAGGUUGUCGAAACAUCAGUCACUGUCAACAACAACAGUCCUAUUCAGGACUACGUUCACCCGGACGAAACAAACUCAACCUACUUAUGAAAUGACUCCUGGAUGGGUUUAAACCUUUCACAAAAAUUAGACUGUUGCCAUUCAUAAUCUGGCGUGAUUGUUUAAAGAAUUGAUCCUUAUAAUUAAGCAUGAAUUAUUAUUGUUUACAGCAUUCUCUUUUGUUUAUAGCUAGGCAACGAUAUUUUUGCUCCUUGAAUUUACUCCCCAUGAAUUUUCCUGUGAUUUUCACCAGAUCAAGCAGACAGCACCUAUCCCACAAUGAUGCAUUUUGCAGCCGCCUAUGGUCUCGCACAAACGAUAGCAGCGUUUGUCCAAUACUGUCCAACAGCAUCAAGAGCAUUGGCGCUCAAGAACAAAGACGGCUUGCGUCCUAAAGAGAUAGCAGAAGAAAAUGGACACUCUGAGCUUUCAGAAGAACUUCGAGAUUUUGAGGUAGUUUUACUUUUCAUUGACAUUAACCGAUAGCAAGGUGGAAAAUUUUUGUCCUGGAGGCCACGACUGACCUUGCAAUAUGACCGAUUUAUCAGGUGCAUAUUGUCUUAAACAUGUUGGUUAUUCAAUGAAAAAACUAAUUCGGCGUUAAAGGACAUGCGUGCAUUUUUGUAGACGUACUUGUUAUUAAUUUAUAGAACUGAAGGCCUGACGUUUUAGCACAGCAAUUCUUUUGUGCUUAUUAAUUAGAUCUAUCUCAUUUCGCUCUAUACCUUUCUUUAUAAUAUCUAUCAAUUUGCUUACGUCUGACCGUAUCACUUUUCUCCUCAUAUUUUAGUCCAAAAAAAGAAACAAAGAUAGAAUCGAAUCAAAGGAUGACACCUUAUGUAACGAUAUCGAGAAUGAAGAUCUAUAUAUGCUGAUGGACUCUACUGAUCUAACAAUUCAAGAAUCAGAGGAUGAGGUUGUAUACGCCAGCGUUGAGAAAAAAAUAGAAAUCACCAAACACGGUAAUUGCCAACAUAUUCCUGUUUCAUCAUUCUCUUUUUUUUUAUAUUGUCCUGUGUUUUGUCUUGUUAUUGUAUAACGAUAACUUUAAGGAGAGAGCAUCGCAGUAUGACAAUUAAUAGCGGAGCACCACGGUGAGAAAAUUUGGUAAUCUAUCCAUCCGAGAAAUUUUGGUAAUCACGUGACCAUACGUCCGCUCGUCCGUCCGUCGGCCAGCACCACACAGAAACCAAUGUGGAAUGUCACACUUUCUGGCUAGUGUGGAAGCCUGCAACCUGAUAUUGCACAUUUAUGAUAUGUAGAAUUGACAGCUGUCAAAGUUUACUAGUUUUUUUUCACAAGUUUUCAAUUGAUGGCAGCCUCAACUCCAAGUGAACUUCUUUGCAAAGGUUACAUGUUUAUCGUAUGAAGUAAAUUAUAUACUCAUCAAUGGAAGCUUCGCCCCAGCCUUGGCUAAUUGUAUACAUGAGCGGUAGAACCCUGGGCAAGACUGAAAGAGUAACCGGAUCAUUCUGAUCAUUCUAUUUCCGCCGAGAUUUCUCUAGAGAAGGUGAAAGUUUGCAGAGGUCUAACUAUUCUCCUCACUCUCCAAGCAUAAUUAAUUUAAAGAGAAAAGCGUAGGGGUAAUUCCGAAAGAUGCGACAGGGGCUCUAAUGCCAAAACGGGAGCUGGGGUCUCGAGUUUGACAGUAAUUUCCAGACAAUGAAAUCAUUUUAUGAAAUGAGCCAGUUUUAGUGUCACAUAAAAUAUGAAAACUUUUAUUGGUUAAAGAAUUAUUAAGCUUUGAUUUUUUAAUUACCCGCCAUGUACUUUUAGAAACAUAAGGACAUUUCAAAAUUCUAUAUCUCCCAAAGCAAUUGAGCUUUUGAGAAAAAAAAUUCACAAAUGUUUCUAAGUCGUCAUGCAAUUUCAAAAAUUCCUAUUUAUUACCCCUUUUAAAUGAAAUGAAAGUUUGCUGGCAAUCCUGUGACGUAAUUUUCCCGUCAAAAAAAAUCGAAAAACCACAAAAAAAGAUUCGAUUGUUUGGAAUACAAAGAUUUUUCCUUCUGCAAACUUGAAACUCAAAGAGAUAAAAACUGCAAAAGUAGUUUUUAGCAGAGCGGUUCAGGAGUCAUUUGUACCCACCAUGAUAUAUUCUUCUUCUUUCAGAAAUACCUAUGACACCUGAAAUGUGGAAAGCAAUCUUCCUAGCAGAACAAGCUGUUAAUGAAAGCUGGCGAAAUCAUAAUCUCAGCGAAGAAACAGCAAAAACAUUUAGCCAGUUUAUUCAGAAGUGCGCUCGACAGGUAAAAGUUCACUUGAAAUGUGAAUCUGUGUAUCUUCUUCUUGAAACAAAAAUAAUCAUUUUAAAGCUUAUGUUUUAACCUGCACCAUAAAUCAAUCAAGGUAGGAAAGGAGACAAUGAUACUAUCUAGACCCAGAGCUCUGUGACAUGCGCACUCUGACUCACUUUCAAAACCUGAAGCUGCCUUGCCACAUAUUUAGUUCUAAUUACUGUUGCUUGGCCUUAGCCCUAAGUUAUUCAGUCAGGGUAGAGCCAUUAGGUCAAAGAAUCGACUGCCGUCUGCGGAACUCAAUAUUUGCCCCAUGUAGGCUAAUCCAAGACAGUCUUGACUGGACUGAAUUGGACUGGAUUCCAGGCUGUGGAUUCCGGAUUCCAGGUACUGGAUUCCGGAUCCUUUGUCAGUGGAACUUGGAUUCCAGGUUGCAAUCCUUAGUGGGAUUCCGGGUUCGUUUGGCUUCAUUCCGGACUCCAAAGCCCAGGGUUCCGGAUCCCACAGGCAAAAAUUUCUCCGCUUCCGGAAUCCGGGUUACCUUACAUAGAGCAACGAGACAGCGUAAAAAGAUCCCGUUUUUUUUUCUUUUUAGUUGUUUCCCCUCACGUGGCUCGACAAUCGUUACAUAUGCUCAUUAGUUAUUGAUGUUUUGCAGAAUGGCGAAAAUUCUUCGACGAUCCUAGAUGAGACAUCUCGCCGAGAAUCAGCCCCUUCUUUACCACCCAAGACAUACCCAAUGAACAAGAAGCGUCAUUCCAUACACGACAUUCCUGACUCCGCUCCCCCACUUCCUCCUAGAUCUCCGCUGUCUCCCAGGUCAUCGUUCUUUUUCAGUGGUAUGUUUAUUAUUAAUUUUUUUUGUUUCAAAUUUUAUAAUUGACUACAGUUUUUUUUGGUCGCAAAUAUUAUCGUUAACUGGUACGGAUUUUUUAUUUUAUUUUUGUGACAUGCAUAGGACUGGUAAAUGAACGACGAGGCUCAGAUCCAAACGUAAGUUCUCCGCACAUUUAUGAAGCGCUUUGGACAUCAGCUCCUGGUAUUGGGAGGUUGGAGGCCGGGUUGAAGACGUUUGUGUUUGUUCCAGCAUUUCCGCCUUCCUCAAAAACCAACAUUGUCCAAAUUCCAAUUCGACCAUGAAUGGUAGACGAAACACCACUAUGUAGAUGUGCUACCUCUAAUUCAUUAGAGAGCUUUAGAUUCUAAGACGAGGACGACUACGAGAAGGAGAUUUUCCCAAUACUAAGUAAUGCGCGCACGCGAACCAACGUAAUUUUGGCGGGAAAAUCUGGUGGCCGUCGUCAUUCUACUAGGGGGUUUUAGCGAGAAUGUCGUAAUGGCAAAAAUAAGUUAUCAAAUGUUAGAAAUUUUAUGAUUUAUUGAUCGGGAGAGGGCUUUUCCUCCUUUAACGGAAAUAAGUGUGUUAUCUUUUGUGGUGAAAAAAAGUACAAUGAAGCUUUCCAGGGUGUCUAUUUGUAGAGAAUAGGCGAGAAAUCUUUAUUAAUAAAUUAUAUGUUGUCCUCGUCCUAGAAUCUAAAGCUCUCUUACCAUUAUUUAUUUAUUUAUUUAUUCAUUUUUUUAAUGAUAUUUUAGUUUAUUUAUUAAUUUACUUUUUAAAACGUUUGUUUCCUCUAAUCAGUGUGCUCUUUUCUCUUGCUUAGAUAUUUCACAGGAUGCCAUUUAAUUUUGAGUAAGUAGCUCACUAACUGACACUCGUUUCAUUUCAACUGCAAGUUUAGAAAAAGUGUUUAAUUUAUUAUAAAAAAUUCAUGAUCAACAAACAGAUUCGAUUACCCUGUGUCUGUUUAUUCAUAGUCACACUGACAUGACGUCAAAAUUUUUAAGAACCGCAAAAAUAGCACUCAAUGCGAGGGUGUGUCACUGAUAUUCUUAUACUAUAUACUAUAUACUAUAUACGAUAUAGCCGCCGAGUGCCGUUGCUUUAAUCGAUUCACUCGUUCUUUUGGGGAUUUGCAGUACGGUUUCCGAAGAAGGCACGGAAAAACCACCUGAACCGCCAGCAAGAUCAAGAUCAUUCUUUCCUAGAGGUACAGUGAAGUGUAUGUUAUCCUACAAUGUGACGCGGCACAUUUUGCCUCAGUUAGAUAUGUUAAACAGACAUAUGUAGUAGUUUGUAAAGAGAUCUAGAAUAUCUGUAAGAGGAAAAGUCAUGAAAGUGUGGAAUAAUCACCUCUUUUUCAAUCCAUUUUUAUGAACAAUAAUCAAGCAACUACUUUAUUUCUAGCCUGCUUCGCAGACGUAAUUUAACUUCUAUUAGUACCAGGGGCACCCAAAGACGGUAUUCUUCUAAAUACAUUAAAAACACUAUUUAGGCCCUCCAGAGUACACUCUUAGAUCUCUAGAAAUGCAUUCUAAGCGGUGCCUUAAAAUUUGUAUCUCUUCGGUCAUCCUAGCCGGAAACUUGAGUCUUUUCGAAAUUACAAAGGGCUUGAUUAUUAUUUUCCCUCAAAAUUCUAGAUACAAUUUGAAGUUUUAUGAAAGUGAGACAUUAUUUGAUUUCUCUCUCCAUUGCAUUUUUGAGUCCGAAAACUUUAGGUUUCGUUUCCUCUACGAAAAAUAGCCAAACUUAGGAAGUAAAAUGUGAAAAUUAAACUUCAGAAAAUCGUAGGGAAUUUGUUAGAUAAGCUACGAAAAUUGUACGUGAGUGGAACCUUCAUCUAGAAAUUUUUAGCCUUCCUCAACUAAUAGAAAAUUGAAGGCAAUAUUUGCUUCUCCGAACAGGUACUUCAAAGAAAGCAAUCGCUGCGCGCCCCUACGUAUAAAAACGUCUGCAAAGCAGCUCCGAGAUCCUUGUUCUAGGCUGAUUUAGCAUCAGAACGGGAACGUCAGUUAACAACGGCGCGCGCAAAUCAAACAACUUGCUUGACCAAUGGCAGACCGAGAAAUUGGGAACCGGAAGUCGGGUUAAGUCCUUUUCGCGCGAUUUCCCGUUGUCAAAUGAGGUUCCUGUUUUGUUACUAAAUCAGCCUUCUGAACCUCCAACGGAUUCAACGAAUAACCGGAAGUGCGUUUCAAAUUUCUCUUCAUCCUGACUGGGAAAUCCACAAAGGCUUUUUUUAACAGGCGAAUCAUGGCGCGUACUCAAAUCCUGAUUCACAAGUGGAGAGACCAGAACACUGCACUGUUCUGCGCCGGGCGGACUUUACUAGAUUUUAGUUUCGUACACGGUGGCGCGCAGGCUACUACUUUUCUUAUAUAUUAAACUCAGAAUUUUUCCGUUUGCUUAGCAGGUAUGGAGAGUUCAUGGAGUGGUUCAGAUCCAAACGUAAGUUUGAACUUGAUUUUAUACUGUUAGUCUAAGUUGACUAUGGGUUUAUUACAGUCUUAUAGCAGUGUACACUGCGGGAGAUGAGACUGCUGGCAAUCAAUGGCUGAAUGGUGCCACCAUAUCCUUUAAUAGGCUGAUUUAGCAACAGAACAGGAACGUCAGUUGACGACGGCGCGCGCAAAUCAAACAACUGGCUUGACCAAUGGCAGAGUGGCAAAUUGGGCAACGGAAGUCUAGUUUAGUCCUUUCCGCGCGCUUUCUCCGUCGUCAAAUGACGUUCCCCAGUUCUGUUGCUAAAACAGCCCAAUUUCAGUUAGUGUAGGUUGUGUGCUAGCGCUUUAUUUAAAUUUGCGCGAGCUCUCUUUUAUUAUUUAUUGACAUGAGUUAUUAUUUAGCGGACGUGUGUAUUUAGUUCGUUAUUUAACGCAUUUAAGUGAUGUUACACGAGACGAUUCGCAACGAAGAUUUUUAGCGCAACACAGCGUUGUAAUAUUGUUGCGCUGAGUUGUUUCAGUCUUCAAAUAAAAUAUAAAUGAAAAUAAAAUAAAUAAAAAAAUAAUCAUAAUAAUUACUUUAUUAUUAUUCGCCAUUUUAAUAAUUACAAUGUAAGCAAACACGAUAAUUGUAAAAAAAAAAAAAGAAAAAAAGCAACAGAAUCAUUAUUGCUUUUUUGAUUUAUUCUAUUUAUUAAGAUUUCUUUGAGGAGACCUCCCUUUGAUGAGAAAAUAUGUUAAUUAGUGGUUAAACGGGCGGGGUGGGGGGGAAGUGCGGGGGGAGGGUAAGGGAGAGGGUUCUGGGGGGGGGGGGGGAGGGGGUUAACGAUAAUUGUAAAAAAAAAAAAGAAAAAAAGCAACAGAAUCAUUAUUGCCUAUUUGAAUUAUUCUCUUAAUGUAGAUUUCUUUGAGGAGACCUCACUUUGAUGAGUAAGUAUGUUAAUUAAUGGCUUAACAGGCGCGAUCUGGGAUAAAUACUGACCGAUGUUAAACGAGAAGCUUCUGCGGGGGGUGGGGGAGGGGGUUGGGGUUUGGUGGGGUUGGUCUGGGAAGAUGCUUCCCCUUGUUUGCAUUUUAACUCCCUAAAGUCUUCUUUCCUGGGUUUCUGAGUCAUUCAGACAGGAUAUUGGUCAGUUCCAUUCUCCUCGGAUACGGUAGCCUUGCACACGGGGGGAUUAUUUCAUCAAGAUCAAUUUCCAUGAUGUAGUGGACAUAGAACAAUGCGAGUAAUGUCAAUCUGCAGAUUUCAACUGGGAAAGAUUUUUUUAUCAAAAAUUAUUUAUUAUGAAGAUUCUGACCGAUUUCCGUAAAACGGUGGAAAAAGGUGUGGAUCCGCGCCUGCUUAGUGACAUAAGGAUAUGUUCUCGUCUAAAUUGACUCCUGAACGCCCGUUUCAAACGUCGAACUUCACAUUGCCAAGGUAAAGGCCCUAAGCCACAUACAAAUUAAAACGGUCUAUUUGCGGUCGGUCAAAGAUGCCCGCUUGCUGGAUUCUUCGACUGUACUUAACACACUAUCUUACCAAAGGGAAUAGCAUCGUAAAAACUGAGCGCAAUAAUUAAGAAGGCCGGUAGUUAGGGAGCAUCAAAACUAUUUUCCACUCACUUCAUAUACUGCGCUUGUGUCCCGAUGAGAUGGACAAAAUCUAUGUCUAAUAUAAGGUACGUGUGAGAAGCCGUAAGCCGACGUUCAAGGCCAGCGUAAAUAAUAGAGAGCUUAAGAUUCUGAGACGAGGACGACUACGAGUACGAGAUUUUCUCAGUAUUCAGUAGUGCUCGCGCGUGAGCCAACGUCGAUCCGCCUGUGGCUGGGUAUUGAGCGUUUCCAGUCUUUAAUUGAUUGAUUCUUGUGUUAAUGCAUAUGAUUGAAUUUGAUUUCAACGAUGGAUAUUUCAUGUCUUUAUUGCAGUAAACGUGAUUCUUUUCAUGAAAUAAAAAAGUCUUUGACGUUAGCUCCAAAACCCAGUCAAGGUGGGUGUAAAUCAAGCCGAUUUUUUGAAAACUAACCUAAUGAAAUUAGCAGUCAUUUGAGUCAAAAGCGUCAAAAGUGCAGGCUUUUUUGGGCCAGAUAUAAGCUCCAAAAUCACACUAACGAAGGAAAAGGGAAGGAGAAAAAGAAAGAGCGAGGAGAAGAAAAGGAGGAGAAGAGAAAAAAGCAAUAGUUGCACUCUUAGUUUUUAUAAUCUUUAUGGCUACUUUGGAGAUAGUUUUUGGCGGGAAAAAAACUGUUGGACGCAACUUGAAAGGUCUAUUUGGCGUUAACGUUUUCAAAAAUCAGGCUAGAAGUUCACUGUAGAUUCCCAGCCCCUUAUAGGAUAUGUACAUGUAUUUAUUAUAAAGAGAAUGAGAGUGGUCAUUAAUUUUGUGCCAAUUUCCCACAGUUAUGAAUGGAGCUAAGCGACAACCCGUCUUACCCAAUAACAUAAGUUGUCAAGGCCCCAGUUCUCUCGAAGUCACAUCAAUGGGAUCUCCGAGGCUUCCACCAAGGAAACCGCGCCCAGUCCCUCGCCGCCAGCGAGCUGCAAGUUGUGAUCCUGCUAUACCAUCAUACUUUGAUUGUACCCAGCGUAAGUACGAGAACAAACGAAACUUUAUAUACCCUUAUUCAAUUCUAUUCUAUUUUUGUAUGAUCGAUUUUUCUAUCUGUAGCGGCUCCUUGUACUUUCAAACCUCGAGAGCCUCUGUUUUACUAAAUUUAUAUUAAACCAAACGUCCAGUUUGGAAAAAGGUACGUAGCAAAAAAGAUUAUUUUAAUAUUCAGAAUUGAAUUUUGAUUUUCUUGUCCUGUUUUGUAGGUACAGUGAGCGUGCCCGAUGAAAAUGGAUAUGUGACUGUUAUGGAAAAGUAA